UCCAUCAACACAUCUAGAUUAGUUGAACAUUGAAAUUCGAACUCUUCGGACGGAAACGGGACCAUAUAAUCAAAAUUAAAUUUAUAUUUUUUAGUGCCAAGCGAGUACCGACAAAGUAAAUCAACAUGUGCAGCUUCCCUUGCUAUCCUUGUGCCGCCCUGUGUCCCUGCGGAGGAAGUGGACCAAGUGGAUUCUACGAUCCUUGUUUUGGACCCUACAAUGGACCCUUCAACUCUUGGUGUGGGGCAAGUGGUCCAGGCUUCUGGGGAGGUGGAUGCUGCUAGUCGUGGUUUGUGAACUGCUAAUCGAUCUGAGCUCUAGUAUCCUUUAAUACUUGCUUGCACAAGGAAAUCUAAACCGUCAAAGAACAGAUCCCUUGCAACUUGAAAUGACAAAAAGGACAUAAAAUUUACGUCACGAAGAGAAGAAUGUUUAUCGAUUAAAUUGUUCAAAAUA